AUGAAGUAUUAUCUCGCCGUGAUUUCAGUGGUGGUGUUUUCGGUAAUAUUAAACCGGCAUUCGGUGAACUUGCAAAAAUGUGGCGAAAGGCAAAUAAAAACUCGUGAUCUAAUAACAAACAGCUUCGAUGUUCAGCCCGGUGAUUAUCCAUGGCAUAUCGCCAUCUUCAAAACAUCACCAAUCAGGCAGUACAUCUGCGGUGGAACAUUGGUCGGGCAAAGCGUUGUUAUUACCUCGGCGCAUUGUGUCAUAGUUCCCGGGUUAAGAACGGCAAGGCAACCCGAUGAGCUACUGGUUCUAGUUGGGAAGCAUUUACUAAAUGUUCAAAGUAACUCCGUCGCAGAGUAUCAGUUAAGUUCGAUAAUUAUCUAUCAGAACUCCGGUGAUACAGAACGUGUGAAACAUGACAUAGCAUUGCUGAUAACUAAAGAGCCAGUAGUUUAUGGAAAAUUUGUUCAACCGGCAUGUCUACCAACGUUCUCCUUAAUCCGAAGUAAGUUGACUGGUACGAUUGUCGGAUGGGGUUACACGGAACAAAAUGCGGUUUCUAAUACAUUGAGGGCAGCAAAUGUACCGAUCGUUCUGAAAGAUGAUUGCAUUCAGAGCAACCAGGAAGCGUUUAGGGACAGUGUUACGGAUAACAUGUUUUGUGCUGGGUAUCGAAAUGGCACGAAUGCUUGCAACGGAGACAGUGGAGGUGGAUUGUUCCGAAAUAUUAAC